UCAUCAUCAAUACAGUCAGUCAGUUCUUCAUUGUAUCCUCAUCUCACCACCAACUCUCAUCUCAAUCACUAUUUAAAAGUGUUAUCUCACUUACACCACAUCACUCACAAUGGCCGCCAUCGCUAGACCCGCCCUUGUCAAGCCCGCUGCCUACCCCAAGGCCCUCCCUGUUGUCGUAGCCGUCGGCAGCUUCGCCAUCAUCGCCAGCUACGUGAGCUCCCAGCUCGCCACCACAUCAGCCAAGUUCGACCGCUCUUUUGCAAAGUACAACACCACGGAGAGUGAGGCAGCCCGAGCAAGAACAUUUGACGGCGCCAUCGAGAACCCCAGAACAAGUCUCUUCAACAUCCUCGGCCGCCGACAGUAGACGGGCAACCAUCUCACGAGAGAGGGCAUGGACCACAAAAAGACCUCUAGAGAUCUGCCUCGCACACACAUACAUACACAUACACCUUCUUCACGUUGAGCGUUCUUUAUUACGUUGGACAUCCUCGCCUUUUUAAGACGGCGCAGAUAGGGACACAGCAUUUUAGGGUAGACAGGAAGUAUUCGGGGGAUUCGAUACCAUGGAAAUCACAUAACUUGAUCAUUAAAUAAACAAUUAAACUUCAUUUUCGCACAUCACA